AGUACAAUGAUAAGUUUAAUCUGAUCAAUAUUUUUUUCAGAUCCGUCAACCGACUCCCAUAACCACUUAAAGUAAUAUGUAACCUCCUUAACUCGAAUGAAUAUGUACUUGAAUCCAGUGACUUUUUUGUAGCCCUUAACUCAAUAUAUGACCUCCUUAACUCAAUAUUUAUACACCACUGAUUAACAUUUGUUUUACUUCCAGCAGGCUCCAGUUAAAGAUCAUCAGCUGCAAAUUAAGCGUUAAGCCAAAUUAGCCCAAAUAUAAACAUAUUUUUAUCCCAUUUAGCUAAAUAUGUAAAAUUUGUCUAAACAGUUUCAAUGCAUAUUAAUACAACUGUCAAAAUUACUUAGGCCCGAAAUAUACUCUUGAAGUUUUAAAAGCAUCAUAAUCAUUAUUAAGUCUUGUAAAUGACUCACACAUAUAUAAGUUCCAAAAACAUGGUGCGUAUCAUCACAUGCCAUACUUUUUGGGUGGUGCUUUUAAUAUCAAUAUUUUGGGUUUUGAUAUGGACGUUCUCGGACAUAUAUAUAGUCUUUUAAGCAAACUUGUUCUACAAAACUUUCUUUAACAAUUCCUAAAUUAUGUAUUGAGGAUGUUACUUGAGGACGGAUGUCAGGGCGGGAUUGGAAGAACAUGUAAAGGAGUAAAGAUAUGGCAGUGUUUUUUUGGGUGAAAAUGUUAAGUGAUAUGGCAGUGUUCUUAACGCAGACACACUAUAAGCAGAAGAAAGAGGGAGCCAGAAGGCGUUGGCUUCCAUUGUCUACUUCUCUAUAUUCUACAAUUAAAUUAAUUUUGAAGUAUUUUCAAAACCUAAAAAAUUAUAAUACGUACAUUAGUAGUGUUGUUGUAUUCCUUUCACAUGACUUCCAUCAUGUUUUUCUCUCUUUACACCCUCUCAGAAUAAAUAAAAGAAAAGGAUUAAAAAACGUGACACAAUAACUUCAAGGAUGCCUACCAAAAAAAAAAUCAAUGACGUACACUAAAUCCUCAGUUUAGCUUACGAGUGCGAGCCUAGUAGUUACCAUCUAUAGCCAAAAUAUCCACAUGAUGCAGAGUGCAGUUAAAAGAUCAGUAAUUCACAUCAUGAAGAUGGACUUAAACCCAUUUUAAGAUAGUUAACUAAAACUAAUUAAUGAUUUGAUUGGGAUGAGUUGGAAUAUGACGUUAAGUAUACACUCCAACCACUUAAAAGUUUCUAUAUUUUUCUAUUUUGAUACCCAAGAAUGUCCUCUUUGGCUUUAGAGUGUAUACCAAUUAAGCAAAAAGUCUAAGUAAUUCUUUUCCUCACUGGCCAUCUUUUUUCUUCUCUUUUUUUCAGUUAUGAAACUUACUAACAAGUUUCAUUUUUAGGAAGUGUGUUUUUUCAUUCUUAUGAUUAUAAUAUUUCUUCUUGGACGUCUUUACUGUCUAAAUGUAGAUAUCAGUUUUAUAACCGAUCCUCUGACAUAUUUAUGCCGUUUUUCUUUGUUCAAAUUUAUGCCGUUUUGUUAUUAUGUUAAUCUAGUUUCAAUACAUGUUUUUCAUAUAUACUACGAUUUUUUUCAUCCGGUGGAGUAAAAUGUUGUCAACUGAAAUCUUAGUUGUAAGACAACCCAAUCAUGGCUUAUUUUCCAGCCCUAAUCUACUAAUGAAUAGAAGAAGGGAACCGACCAUCUCUACCAAAUAUAAUAAACAACUUCUAAGCCAUUGAUCCCUAAACACGAAUUAGAAGAAAACUAAAGAGAAAAAGAGUCUAAAGUAGUAAUGACCGGGACUGAUUGGGUCGUGGACGAGAUUGAUACCAGUGCAUGGCCUAUCAAUUGGACAGAACACUCACAUAUGCCAAUCCCUCCUUAAUUGUGUUCCCUCUAAUAUUUUACUAUAUAGUUUCCCAGAGGCUCGCAAAUAUUUUUUUUUUUAAAAAAAAUCGCAAAUAUUAUUUACUACAACACAUUACGUAUCAUUCGAUUUUGGUAAAUGACUUUCACUUUGUUAAGUUCACGUGCCUAAGCUUUCGACUUUUCUCUUUUUUGUUUGUUGAAUAUUUAUCCAUGCAAUGGUGUAUGUGUGUGUAUUGUGAAAGUCGAUCGAGCACCAUCUAAAAAUUGCUUGCAGUUUAUGUAUCCAAUAUACAUAACGCACACAUAUGUUGACUACAUUUAAGACUACUCUCAUUUUAACAAAGAAUGUUGUUUUAAUAGAAAGAAAACAAAGACAAAAAACACAUAGCAGUUGUUAUUCAUUUAUUUUUUCGUUCCAUUUUCUUAUAACCGAUCUCUCAAAAUACUACAUUUACAUGAGUUUUAAGUUAGUCAUAGUUGUUUAAAUGAUAUAUAGCCAUAUUUCUUUACAUUAUAUAGUCAUAUUUGUCUAAAUUACAAGCCUUUUCUUUACAACAUACAACAAUAUAAAACUACUUAGAAAAACCUUUCUCUCUCUUUAGUUUCAAAAUCAUUGUUUAAAAUUAAUUAUCAUAUCUACUCGGUUAAGUCACAGACUCACAAGGUGUGUACUUAACUUAUGUGUGGUGGCAUUUUCGUGAAUUUAAAAUACAAGAACCCCACUUCAGGAAAUUACACUUCAUACAAAAAAUACUCAUUUCUUUGUAUCUAUACUCCUUAUAAAUCACAGGCCUUCCUCUUCCCCCAACACAACUUCUCACAUUUCAUAAAAAGUGAGACAAAUUACGAGAGAACGAAAGUGAUCCAAGAACAUGAACCACACGAUGGAUGAUGAUCAAAACUUGGCUUUUAUCUCUCAGUUGUACCCCGAUGUCUACACUCAGAUACUACCGCAAGAAGUGAAGCCACCGAAGCGAAGGAGGAAGAAAAUCAAAAGAGCCGUGGCUACUGGAGACGGAAGCAAAUGUUUUUUUAGGAAGAGAAAGCUUAGCGAUGAGCAAGUGAACAUGUUGGAGAUGAGUUUUGGUGAUGAGCACAAGCUUGAGUCCGAGAGGAAAGAUAGACUUGCCGCGGAGCUAGGGCUCGACCCUCGUCAAGUUGCUGUUUGGUUUCAGAACCGUCGUGCACGGUGGAAGAACAAAAGGCUCGAGGAAGAGUACAACAACCUCAAAAACUCACAUGAGAACGUCGUUGCCGACAAGUGCCGACUUGAGUCAGAGCUUCUUCAGCUCAAGGAACAACUCUAUGAUGCAGAGAGGGAAAUUCAAAGAUUGGCAGAAAGAGUAGAAAGAGGCUCGAGCAACAGUCCCAUUUCUUCUUCAGUUUCUGUCGAAGCUAACGAAACACCGUUUUUCGAAGAUUAUAACGUCAGAGACGAUGGUGAUGACUAUAACCUCUUUUAUCCGGUGCCGGAAAACAGCUACAUAGACGGACUAGAAUGGGCAAAUCUAUACAUAUAAAAUUAAUAGCUUAAUGUAAUAUUUUUAAUUGUAUUUAGUAGUCCCUGAUUUAGGGAAGAGUAUUUUUAAGUAAACUAGCUAGUGCCUAGUAGAAUAUGUAACUGCUGAAUUUCUAGUGUACAAAUAAAUAUAAUGACGAUGGGUUUCAGAAAUUCUUGAUC